AUGCAGGAGACAAUCAACAGCGAUCGAGGCAAGUGCGACCGAAGCUAUCCUCGACCCACCAUCGCCAUUGCCCUGGUUGACGGACUGCGUUUCGGGAGAGCAGAGGACCAGUCUGAUGAAAAUAUUAUCAACUACGCGGCGAUAUUCAGCUACUACCUGUUCGAGUCCUGGAAGCUUCCAACUCAUUGCGAAUCGGAACCUGACAAAAUUAUAAUUUUCUACUCCAAGAACGACGGAGUCCUCUACACGUACGCCAGUGAAAACCUGAAGGAAAAGCUACCGCGAGACGUCAUUAGAAGGACUACAGUUGAAUCGAAGGCAGCCUUCGGUUCCGGAAUCUAUGAAGGCUUGAAGUACAUGCUGAAAAGAUACCAGUAA